CCAAAACAAACAAAAUGGCGGACUCCGGCGCUAAACGUGAACUGGAAGAGACAGAAACAAAAGAGUUUUCUCCUCAAAUAAAGAAAUCCAGAGCGGAUCCGGAGAGUGAAAAUGGAAAAGAGGAACAAAAACACACAGAGGACACGGACGACACCGGGAAUAUUCUCUCAAAGUUCGAAACAUCAGCAGUUUUGAGCGAGUCCGCGCGAGAGAAAACCAUCUUCGUGCACGGAAAGAUUUCCGGUCAGGACGCCGUGGUGAUCCUGGAGAAGACCCCGAUCCAGAGGGAAGUCCUGUCCCAGAUCUUCUCCGAGUCCAAACUCAGUCUCCAGAUGAAGAACGACAUCUACAGCACGUACCAGCUGCAGGCGCCCGCCCGCCUCAACGAGAUCAAGACGACGGUGGUGUGUCCGGCCACGCAGAAACACGUCCAGAAAUACCAGCGUCAGGAGAGUUUUCUGCUGGAGGAGACGGCCGAAGAUUAUUACUCCAUAACUCUGCCGCACAUCGAAGAGCAGCGCUUCAGCCUGCAGUGGGUCUACAACAUCCUGGAGAAGAAGGCCGAGUCUGACAGGAUCCUGUUUGAAGAUCCAGACCCAAACACGGGCUUCGUCCUCCUGCCCGACUUCAAAUGGAACCAGAAACAGGUGGAUGACUUGUACCUGAUCGCGAUCUCUCACCGUCGGGACGUCAAGAGUCUGAGGGACUUGACUCCGGAGCAUCUGCCUCUGCUCCAGAACAUCCUCCACAAGGGACAGGACCUGGUCCGGUCUCGGUUCGGAACAAGAGCGAACAGGAGGAGACCGAGAGAGGAUGUAGCAGAGCCCUGA